AGGAGACUAAUCCACCAUGUCGAUGUUCACCACCCUUCUGCUUCUCAGCGCUGUCUUUGCUCUGGGAGAUGCAAGCCGUAGAAGAGACUGUGAUCGCAAAGCCUGCCCACCUGGCUGGCCCAGCGAUUCGACACACUGCUAUCACUACGUCCCCAUCAUGACCACAUGGCCAGAGGCAGAGAGGAAAUGUUUGCUCCUGGGAGGUAACCUGGCAUCAGUGCACAGCCUUCCCAGUAUUUUUCCUUCAGACUGUCAUCAGAGAAAGUACCAGAAAUUGAAGCGCACCUGGAUUGGAGCUACGAUGCCCAUCAAGGUCAGAAGCACCGUCUGUUGA